AUGCCAGAUAUCACGAAGACCUUCUUUACAAUUGUGAUAACUGGAGAGUUCAUAAUGGGGAUGUUGGGGAAUGGAUUCAUUGUACUCGUGAAUUUCAUUGACUGGGUCAAGAGAAGGAAAAUCUACAUGGUUGAUUUAAUUCUCACCAGCUUAGCCAUCUCCAGAAUUAGUCUGUUAUGUAUAAUAAUACUAGAUGGCUUUGCGAUGGUGUUUUUUCCAGAUGGUUAUGCCACGAGUAAGAACAUGAGAAUUUUAGAUGGCUUCUGGACAAUUACCAACCAUUUGAGUGUCUGGUUUGCUACUUGCCUUACCAUAUUUUACUGUUUGAAGAUAGCCAAUUUCUCCCAUCCUCUUUUCCUCUGGCUGAAGUGGAGAAUUAACAAAGUGAUUCUCAUAAUUCUACUGGCAUCUUUCUUCUUAUCUGUGUUGAUUAGCCUUCCAAUAACAGAAAAAUUUAAUGAAGAUUUCAGGGGCAAGAUAAACAGAAAAUGCAAGAAAAAUAACACUUCAAAUUUCAAAGUGACUAAAUCCGAAUACUUUGCCACCCAAACUCUCCUCAAUCUGGGGGCUCUUUUUCCCCUAACUGUGUCCCUGAUCUCAUUUUUCCUGUUGAUCUUAUCCCUGUGGAAACAUACCAGGAAGAUAAAGCUCAAUGCCAUGGAUGCUAGAGAUCCCAGCACAGAAAUCCAUUUGAGAGCCAUGAAAGCUAUAAUCUCUUUCCUUAUCCUCUUUGUCAUCUACUGUGUGGCUUUUCUCAUAGCAACAUCCAGCUACUUUUUUCCACAGAGUGAACUAGCAGUGAUAUUUGGUGAGAUCAUUGCAGCCAUCUACCCCUCUGGGCACUCUUUUAUCCUGAUUUUGGGGAACAUCAAGCUGAGGCAGACAUCCCUGAAUGCAUUGCAGCAGAUGAAGCAUUGUCUCAAAGGAGGGAUAGCCUUAAUACCCUAG